AAUUCUUGUGUAUAUCUUGGCAAUACUUGUAGCCGCAUACAAUAAUCAAUUCUUGAUCUCGCGAUUGUUAAUUGAUCUUAUAUCCGUACGAUCAGACCUUCAGAUGGUCUCACCAUAGUCUAAUCACAGUGAUCAACACAACAACACGACGCGACUAAUUCUUCACACCCAAAGCCAAGAUGGCCAACACCACCACAGUUCGAGAUUUUCAAUCGCCAGACAGAGUAGCGUUUCAGGACCAGGGGCCGGUAGGACGGAACUCGGUCACCACUCCACGUAGUCCAGAGAACAACACACCCGGUCGUCAGAGAUUCGGAAGUGUCGCCUCGGCAACGUCAUAUUUUUCCAAUGAUGGUACAUCUCGUCAUCGACGACUGUCACGAUCCAACACUGUCAAAACUUACCAUGAACCAAGUCGACCAAAUUGGCAGCCUGGUGCUGAACCUGGUAUUGAUACUGAUGCUGAGAGAGUCAGUCCGCAUCUCGAAGCACUACGCGCCCGAUGCGAUAUACUGGUUGCAGACUUCAGUGCUGAGCACAUGGAGUCUGUACAAACCGACAACGAUUCGCUGGAAGAAGUGUUGUCGGAGAAACGACCACCCCAUCUACCUUGCCGCUGGAUUUCGGUUAAUGGAUUGAGUUGGGAUGUCAUUAAGAUUCUCGGUCAGCAUUAUGGACUGCACAGACUGGCUAUCGAGGAUUUGAUUAACACACGUACGCGAACAAAAUGCGAUUGGUACUCUGACCAUGCUUUUGUGGUUUUGACGUUGCAGAAACUCGUCAGAAUACACAACCAUUCUGAUUCGGAUGACUGUGAUUGCUCUUCUGAUGAAGAACCGAUUCACUAUGAUGAGGUCGAAGAAGACCGCAUACCUCAUCCGGAGCGUGAGCGCGUACCUUUCUGGAAGAACCCUUUCAAGAAAUCAAAGCCGAAGAGAAAGCCAUCUACCUUGCCACGCUAUAACGACGAUGGACUGGAUGGACUGGACAAGAUGGGAGACAUGAUUCGCGCUCACAGUUCAACAGCGGACGGUGCACCUUUGCAAAACAUCAGAACGUUGCAUCGCUAUGAGAGUAUGCAAAAUCCCGAGCAUACACUGUUCAUGGAGAAACACUCUGCACUAUUCGAGGAAAACCUGGUUGUUAGUGUUGAGCAAGUUGCCAUCUUCUUGAUGUCAGACAAUACGGUCAUCUCAUUUUUCGAACACUCUGGUGCUGACGUCGAAGAACCAAUUCUGGAGCGCCUGAAGAGCCCUGCCACUAUGCUGCGCCGUAGUGCAGACUCAUCCCUGGUACUACAGGCCAUUAUCGAUGCCAUUGUCGAUUUGGCCAUUCCGGUCAAAGAAGCCUAUAACAAAGCCCGAAAAGACCUACAAAUCGACGUCCUCACCAACCCAUCAAUGAGCACAUCAAAAGCUCUGCAUAUCUUCACCGAAGAAAUUGACAUGCUGCAGAACCUCUUCAAGCCUAUCAUCAACCUGGUAAACUCACUUCGAGACCACAAAUCAGAACCUUUCCCUGGACCACUUUUACCCUCAGAACCGUCAUCACGGAAGGUUAGUGAUCAUCGCAGACCACAACCAAAGAGAUUCUUCACGCAAACACCCACGACUGUGGUUAUGAGUCCUUUGGCUCAUGUGUACCUGGGAGAUGUACUCGAUCAUUGUAUCACCAUCAUCCAAUCGCUCGAGCAGAUGGAUGCAUCAGCUAAUAACCUGUCAUCUCUGAUGUUCAACACUAUUGGAGCCCGUACAAACACCACAAUGUCCAUCAUCGCCAUCGUUACAGUCUUCUUUGCACCUCUUACCUUCCUCUGUGGCUAUUUCGGCAUGAACUUCACACACUUUCAAGGUAUAGAACACUCGGAUGUAUACUUCUGGAUCAUCGCUAUACCAACAACUAUCGUUUUUAUGGCGAUGAUAGGGGGUGGAGUGGGUUAUAGGACCGUAAAAACGUGGGCAGCGAGGUUCCACCUUGCUAAAGCCAGGAGAGGCAGGAAGCAGAGACAGGCUAAACUCAGAGCUAGACAGAGACAGAGACAGAGGGGGUUGGUGGCUUUGUCGUAAAUUGGUAUGGCUGGGUGGUGGUGUGAAAGGAGAACAGGGCUUUGAAUCCAGCGUAACUCCGCACAAUUAUUGGGCUAUGUAAGUAGAUCAGAUGUACACUACAAGGGACUCGAAUGAUCUAUCUAUAUGAUACCGCUUGCCGCUGUCUUGGGC